CCAAGGCAGGAAGGUUGGCAUUAAAUACAUAAAUGAGUAAAAUAGAGCAACUGGGCAAGGUAAAUACAGAUGACCUGGAUUCUAAUUCUAGCUCUGCUACUUACUAGCUGUUUGACCCUGGGCAAGGGAUUGGCCCUCUCUGUGCCUCUGUUUCCCCAUCUGUAAAGUGGGAAUAACAAUCAUGUCCAUCUCAUAAGUUUGAGGAUUAACUGAGGUAAUCCAUGGAAUGCACUUAGAACACUGCCUGUCAUCAAAAUUAUUUCAGAGCAGGGAGCAGGAGUUGGAGCACACCAGGUCUUGCUUUCUUGUCCCCUUCUGUUCCCCAACAUUUCCUCACUGUGCCUGGGAAGAACCCUGAGGCUCUGAAAAAAAACGGUUUGAAAUUCACUCUGCCAAAGCAGGUGCCAGAUGAAUUUCACAUCUGCCAAACCUCAGAUGAUUCAUCUGCAGACCUGUGUUCUUUGCGGCAACAAUUGACAGGAGGUGGGUAGUAGCAACUCCUCUCCGUAGACAUGCAGAACCUUGUCUACACAGAUCUCCACAUGCUCUUUUUGGCUUAUUUGCAUGCUGGCAUUUAAUUAACCCUGGACUACAAUGUGCCAUGUGGUUUACCUAUAUCAUCACGAUCCCCCCCAGAACCCCAAGAUAUGGGCAUUAUGCCCAUUUUCCAGCUGGAGAAACUAAAUCAGGUUUGGUGAGUUGCCCAAGGUCACAUAGCGGAGAGGGGAUUCAUCCCCAUGAUCCCCCAGUUUCAAUGGUUCUCAUUUUAGCAGACAGAGCACCUAGCUGGAGUCACAUAGACCUGGGUCCCAUGACGGCUCUGUCACGUGCUCGUGGAGGCUCGCUCUCUGAGCCUCAGUUUCUUCACGUGGGUAUGGGGAUAAUACGAACCUACCAGCGUUGUUUUGAGAAUUGAAAAUAAUGUGCUUAAACUGUCUCAUACAUGCUAAGUAUUUAAAAAAGUUGUCGUUAUUAUAUAUCAGCCCACCUUUGUCCCUUUUUCUGAGACUGAAGUUGUGGGUUGACGUCCGAAGGAAGUUGGUGACGCUGCAUGGGAAGGGUCUCCAAUGACUGUCUUUAGACCCAAACAAACUCAUAUCUCCUCAAUGGACCAGACAGAUGUUACGCAUGCGCUGUCAGGCAGCCGGAAGCGCUUCUGCCCCGAUGGAUGGAGACUCCUGUGAACCGGAAGUAUACCUGGACGGAAAGGUGCAGCGCUCGGCACUAAGUGGGGUGGGGGGAGCAAUAAAGAGGAGGCGAAGUUUGGGAAGAGAACUGCAGAAUCUGAAGGGCACCGGAUAGCCUGACGACGGCGGCGGCGGUCCAGUCAGUCCCCAGUUGAACAGGACUCACUUCAUGCCUCGCCCCCCUUCUUGGUCCCCUUUGCCCCUUCCUCACAGUCCAGAGCUGACCAACGACAGCCCCGCCUCAUCCCCACCUCCACGUUCUGGGCCCAAAGGCCACAUCAGGGACAGUCCCCACUCCAUGAAGGCAGGAGAUGGAGAAGUGGGUCUUGGAGACCCUCCAGACUGUCGGGGCUUGGAUCCAUCUCAACUGAGGACAGUCCCUGAGGAACCUAAGGUCCCAGUGGAAGAGGGGGGGUACCGUUAUCUCCCCAUUUUACAGAUGAAGCGGCUGAGGCCCCACACCUGGCACGUCGGGGAUGUCCAGGGACUGAGCCCGUCUCCCCCGAUCCCCCAGGCGCCUGGAGGAGCCGAGGCUGAGGCUCCGGCCCUGGUGCAGCUCAUCGAUGAGCACGGGGCCUACUCAACGGCGCGCCUGGUCUCCGACGCGGCGGCGGCGGAGGGCUCGCCCCAGGACGGCCCCGAGCCCCGCGCGGGACUGGUGGGGCCCAGGCCGUUCGGCUGCGCGGCCUGCGGCAAGGUCUUCAAGCGCGCGUGGGAGCUGCUGAGCCACCAGGUGGUGCACACGGCGGCGCGGCCCUUCCGCUGCGGCCUGUGCGCGGCCGCCUUCAAACGCCACUCGGACUGCAAGAGCCACCGGCUGGUGCACAGCGACGAGCGGCCGCACCGCUGCGACGCCUGCGGCAAGCGCUUCAAACGCGCCAGCAACUUGCAGGAGCACCGUCGCAUCCACACGGGCGAGCGCCCCUUCCCCUGUCCGUCCUGCCCGAAGCGCUUCAAGACGCCUUACGAACUGCACCGCCACGAGCCGCUGCACGCCUCUUCGCGGCCCUUCGCCUGCCCGGACUGCGGCAAGGCCUUCGCCGCCGGGCCCGCCUUGCUGCUGCACCGUCGGCAGCACUGCGAGGACAAACCCCACGCCUGCGGGGAGUGCGGCAAACGCUUCACGUACGGGCACAGCCUGCGAGUACACGAGCGCGUGCACACCGGCGACCGGCCCUUCGUCUGCCCGCUGUGCGCCAAGGCCUUCAAGCAGUCCAACGCGCUGGCCUCCCACCACCGUGUGCAUUCGGGCGAGCGGCCCUACCGGUGCGCCACCUGCGGCAAGGCUUUCAAGCAGUCGUCCUACCUGGCCAUCCACCAGCGCGCGCACACGGGAGAGCGGCCCUACCCCUGCGAGGCUUGUGGCAAGGCCUUCUCCAGGCCCUCGCUGCUGCUGCAGCACCGCCGCGUGCACAGCCCUCUGCGCCCUUACGCCUGCCGCUUCUGCCCCAAGCUCUUCAAGGACCUGGCCUACCGUGCAGUCCAUGAGAAAGUGCACACAGGAGACACGCCCUACAAGUGCAGCGUCUGCAGCAAAGGCUUUGCACAUCCCAGCAACCUGCUGCAGCAUCAGAGGGUGCAUCGGGAUGGAUGAGGGUGGGGGCAUCAGGAAGUGGGGGGCGGAGGAGGGUUCAGUGUCCUUGGAGCUGGAAUGGGAACUUUGGGAGGGAGCUCUAGGGCAGCACAGUUGGUUGGAACUAUCUGCAGUGACAUAGCUCUGUCUGUUCUGGGGCUGCACUAGCCCCUAGCCACAUGUGGCUGUUGGGCAUUUGAAAUAUGGCUGGUGCAACUACAGACAUGAUUUUUUGUGUGUUUAAUUUUUAAUUUUCAAAUAGUUCAGGACUGCCAAGAUGUUGCAAAAAUAGCAGAGACUUCCCAUGUGCCCCUCACCAAGCUUUCCCCAAUGAUAGUAUCUUAGAUAACGAUAGUCCAGUGUCAAAACUGGGAAAACGAUGUUGGUACAGUACUGUUCACUCAGGUAGAGAUCUUAUUCGAAUUUCACCAAAAAUUAAAUGAAUUUUAAAAUUUAUUUAAUUUUAAUUAACUUAAAUUUAAAUAGCCACACGUGGCUAGCUGCUGCCAGAUUGGGCAGCAGAGGUGUAGGACACAAAGACACCAGCAGCAAGGCAUCUCCAGCAGCAGUUAGUGACAUUUGAAGAAUUACACGUGCACAUGUGAACCAUGAACUAUUCUUGAGUAGGACUUUCAAAGGGCUUCUAACAAGACUGUUGGUGCUGAGGUCAUCCUUAGGGCCAGAACUUCCCAUUGGAAGUUUUAAUGGCAUCUGGGUAACCACAAAUACAAGUGGGAGCUGUAGGAACCUGUCUCAAAUAUUAGCCCUCUUGGAUAUGGCCUUGCACACAGACCACUGGUGGUGUGGGCUCCCUGGUGGUGGUUGCCACGGUGUUUGUUUGCCGUGGGGGCUAUGAGAGAUACCACACACAGCUUGGCUUUUACAACAGGGAUAUUGUCUCACAGUUUUGGAGGCUAAAAGGCCAAAAUCAAAGACUCAACAGACCAUGCUUUCUCCUGGAGUCUAAUGUUCAGGUGCCGGCUUGCCGCAACCCUUGAUUUGUAGCUCUGCCUCUGUCACGUGGCUGGCUGCCUCUCCUUGUAUCUUCUCACAUUUCUGCUGAGUUCUGGCUUCUACUGGCAUGUUCCUUUGUUUAUGGGAGCACAGCUAUAUGGAUCAGGGCUCACCCCAAUUCAAUUUGGCCUCAUCCGAAUAGGGUCUUUGAAGAUCCUGUUCACAAAUGUGUCCACAUCUUAAUUAAUAAUGUCUUCAAAGGUCCUCUUUACAAAUGGGUUUGCACUCACACCCUGACACACCUUAACAUAUUCAAACACACUGUUUACAAAUGGGUUCACACCCAUGGGAUGGUGGUUAGAAUUUGAACAUGUCUUUUUUGGGGGUGCAGGCUAGACAUGAUUUAAUCCCCAACAGUCACAUUUUAAGACUUUUCACAUCAGCUGGGUGGCCACCUCUUCCAUGAGUACACUCUGGGAUGCAACACUACAGACAUGGUACAGCGAAACUGAUGGUGCAGGCAUCUCCAGGUGGCGGUUUGUGGCGUUUUAAGAACAGUCAUUCUGCUAUGGAUGUUGAUGUGGCCUGCAUUGGUUUCUUCUAGGGCCUCCUCUUUCAGAUCAAUGUGUGAUGGUUUCCAGGCCAUCCACAGUGUUCCCUUCCACCCCAGAGACAGCUCCAUGGACCUGACUUUCAAUGGAGACCCUCCUGUUCCUUGCCUUACAGAGGACUGGAAGUGUGAUGGGGUGGCUUAUGGGAUGGUGGCCAAAGUGGUGUCCAAAUCAUCUGAGUUGCCCCAUCCAUCCCAGCCCUGAGAUCAGCUCCACAGUUGGUAUUUUUUUAAGCCAAUAAUACCCAUCCUAGUUACUAUUUUGCUGAAGCUGCAGACCUCCCCUUGGUGGUUUAUGGGAUUUUCCAGAACAUCAGUAUUGCCUCCCAUCUGUCCACACCCCCGUCAGUGAGAACAGACAUGCAACACCUAGACUGACUGUCUGACACCGUAAAUGAUAUCCUCUCCUUGGGUCAUCCUUAUCCUUGACUCAUCCUUAUCCUUGACUCAGUUUGGACUCAAUAAGGACAAGCAGUAGCUCUGGCAGCCCACUCACAAAUAUCUCCAACAGGCAUGGGUGGUCCCCUUUGGACUGGUAAAGCUCAUGGACUCAAGCCGUGUCAUCUAGCUUCAACUCCUAGCUCUGCCACUUGUGACGUUGGCCAAAUUACUUAACCAUUCUGUGCCUCAUUUUUUUCCUUCUAUAAAAGAGAAUUAUAAUGGUACCUCCCUCAAAGGGUUGUGCUGAUGAAUAAAUUAGUUAAUAUAUGAGAAACACUUAGAACGGUGCCUGGAACUGUGUCCGAUUUACCUGUUCAACAGCAGCAGCAGCACUGUCUGCUGGCCCCUAGCUGGUGGUAUCACACCAUGUUCCUUUUACGCCCUGACUCUUUGUCCCAUACCUAUACCAAUCUACUGAAAGACUAGCCCUGAAAUCCUGUCUACUUUCUGUGGCCCCUAUUCUCUAUCUCUUAAGUGUUAGGGGCUGGGGGAGAUGGUACUGGGCUUCUGUCCACCCGCAGCCCACCACCGUGACUUUGCUCUCCAAGGCUGUUUCCCUUGUGUAUUGGUUAGGAAAUCCCAAAAGACACCAUCCAAGCUGCUUCUAUCUUGUUCUGCCAUCCCUGAGGGAAUUUUUCUCAUUUAUAUUUAUGAAGAUGGUCGCCAUGGUAUCUGCCCAAUCUAUAUUUCAUGUAGCAAGAAGGGAGAAGAGGGCAAUUGAAGGGAUCUCACCUGCUCUUUAGAGAUACAACCUGGAAGUUGCACACAUCACUGCUGCUCACAUCCUAUUGGCCAGAACUUAGUCACAUGAUCUCAGUGGGAUGAAAGAGAGUCUGGGAUGUAGAGUCUUUUCUGAGCAGGGCCAUGUAUCCAGGUAACACAGAAGGGGUUCAUGUGCCCUGUUCAGGUAGCACAAGGGCAGGUCAUUGAGUUCAGUUUUCAAGAGGUUCAACUGAUCUUUGUCUGCAACCCUAAAUUCCUGCUCCCCCAUUAGGAAGUGAAAAGGGAAAGCUCAUCUUCACGAAUGUCUCUCCAGUCCACUCUCUGAUUGGGAGGUACAGGGUCUGCUGAACUUGUGCUUUGUAACAGACCAUGCACCCAAUUGCUGGUGAUUCUCUGAUAUUGAACUGUGAGGAUAAUGUUGUUUCUUGUUCUCUUCUCUGGGUCUUGAUAUCCAGUUCUGGGAAAAUGGCACCUAACAGCACCUUGCUACAUUCCGUUUUGCAGAUGAAUAACUUUCAGUUUCCUGGCUGCUAAAACAAAUACCAUGCAAUGGUUUGGCUUAAACAAUGGGGAUUUAUUUGCUCAUGGUUUUGAGGCUAGAAGUCCAAAAUCAAAU